CAUCAGGAUUUUUAAAGCCUCACCCCAGCAGAACUCUGACAAUGAAGCUGGUUUCAGUCGCCGUCCUGCUCCUGGCUCCAAUGUUGACCAGCUGCUACCCUACCGUUCUGCCCAAAGACUGCAGUGACAUCAAUAAUAAUCCAGAUACCCGAAUCACUGGAGUGUACACCAUCUAUCCAAUCAGAUCCAUUUCUCCUGUCCAGGUGUACUGCGACAUGGACUCAGAAGGAGGAAGGUGGACGGUAAUACAGACGAGGAUCAACGGCUCUGUGAACUUCUACAGGGGCUGGGAUCAAUACAAGAUUGGCUUUGGUAACCCUGCUGGAGAGUACUGGCUCGGUCUUGAGAACAUUUACCAAUUGACACGCAAUCGAAAGUCUGAGCUGCUGGUCCAAAUGGAGGACUUUGAAGGAAACAAAGCGUUCGCUCGUUACACCUCAUUCUUUAUCGAUGCUGAGUGUGAUGGAUACAAAUUGAAUGUUUCUGGAUUCAUCAAUGGAGGAGCUGGAGACUCCCUGAGUUUUCACAAUGGGAUGAAGUUCACCACCUUCGACAAAGACCAGGACACCUGGGGAGGAAACUGUGCAAAAUAUGGCCUGGGGGCGUUCUGGUACAGAGACUGUAACAAUGCCAAUCCAAACGGGAUAUAUGGUUGGGGGGCUGACAGCCCUGUCAGUGAUGCUGGAGUGGAUUGGGUCACUUGGAAAGGUCGUAACUACUCCCUGAAGUUCAUCAGCAUGAUGAUCCGUCCUGUGGUGUAGUUCUCCAGGACCAACGUACAGCAGAAUAUCAGCUCAUCUCUUCUGAUUUCUUUCUCUUUCUCUCAUUAAGCAUUUC